AAUCGAAGUUCUGCUUAUCUGGCUUUAUCUGUCGCACAUUUUUGUUUCCCUCAGUGUUCAAAGAAGUGCACAGCCAUGGAUCGGGGUCUCGUGAGCAUCCUAGUGCUUGGUAUAAGCUUCAUGUUUAUUUUUACUGCCUUCCAGACAAUGUGUAACAUAGAGGUAAGAAUGCCCAAAUUAUUUUAUGUGAAUUGUAAGAAAAAGUCCGCUUUCGCUGUUCAGAAAACUGUUUUGAGCAGUAUUACACACGAAUCAAAUGACUUCUCUGGAGAUGGAUACGUCAGUCUGGCUAUCAUAUACGGCAGCUUUGCAAUUUGCAACUGGAUAGCACCUAGUGUAGUAACACUGAUAGGACCUCGUAGCACAAUGCUUAUCGGCUCUCUUACAUAUUGUGCUUUCACCGCAUCUUUUCUAAUUCCGAGAACAUGGCUUUUGUAUGUUAGUAGUGCUUUGCUGGGCCUGGGUGCCGCUCUUAUGUGGAAUGGCCAAGGAGUAUACUUAUCACGUGCUAGCAGCCUUACAACAAUCUCUCGUAAUAGUGCAAUAUUCUGGGCUAUGCUACAAGGAAGCAUGCUAAUGGGGAAUGCAUUCGUUUGGCACGAAUUCAGCGGCAAAACUGAAGUGGAUGCCACAACACGAUGUUUUCUAAUUACUACACUCGUCGCAGUGGCACUGUUGGGCGUUUUUAUAUUACUCACACUGCCAUCUCAUAGUGUAUCUCAACAGGCAGCACAUCCUCUUGCUAUUAUGAAAGGAGCCCUGGAACUAUUAAUCACUCCCCACAUGGUAUUUCUCAGUUUUACCUUUUUCUAUACCGGACUCGAGUUGUCCUUCUUCAGCGGCGUUUACUCUCCUUCUGUGGGAUUUACCAAAAGUCUCGGUGCUAAACAUCUUGUUGGAUUGAGUGGUAUCUGUGUAGGACUGGGUGAAGUAUUAGGAGGUGUGGUAUGUGGAAUAAUUGGUCCCAAAUGGCGUCGUGACGGCAUCGUACUAAUAGGAUACGUGGCACACGCUGUAGCCUUUGUGUGUGCACUUAUAAAUCUUCCCGACAAGGCAGUGUUUGGGGACACUGACACUAUUUCUCUACUUGUACCACCAUCGAUUAGUAUAGCAUUAUUAGCAGCAUUCCUGUUAGGCUUUGGUGACGCUUGUUUCAAUACACAGAUCAUUGCAAUGCUAGCGAGUGUUUUCGCGGCCCAAUCAGCGGAUGCAUUUGCACUUUUUCGUUUUGUGCAAAGUUUUGGAGCAUCCAUGUCUUUUGCCUAUUCCACAGUUUUGGGCUUGCGUGUUCAACUUGCAAUCCUUGCAGUUGCAGGCGCACUUGGGACAUUAGCCUUCUGGCGUAUUGAGUGGCGCACAAAAAUAUUUAAUGUAAAUAUUGAAGAUAUGGAAAAGAAGCGUUUGCCGAGUGCAGAAGAUUAGAAAAAGGACCUAACGAAGAUAAAGAGGGCAUUACUGAAUUUAACGGAGACGGCCUUUUAGUGCAAAGAGGGCAUUACGGAGGCGAUUUCUUCAUCAUUAUUGUAUUUGUUUUUCUUCAUACUUUAACAAAUUUUAAUUCUUAGUUUGAGUUGAUCAGUAUGUGAUUCAAAAUCUAUAUAUUGUCAUUCUUCAAAUAAAUAGUAAAAACAAUUGUAAGGUCUAAAUAUUAUUAAAAAGAAAUAUAUCAAUUUAAAAAACAGAAAUAUUUACUUACUCUUCAAUCUGUUUAUGUUCUUCACUUUAGUCAGUUGCAUAUCAUAUACCGCAAUUACAUUAUGUAUAUCCAGAACAUUAUCAAAACAUCAUCAUCUUGAAUUAUAUGUAGCUACAGUCCAGGAAAAAAGUCUAAACGAUAGAUCUAUGA